CAAGCAUUGCAGAACUUCAACUUUUCUGCUUGUCGCGGUUCCGGAGAAGACAUCCACAUCGCAAGCUCUUGCACUAGUCACUCACGUCCUCGCGACGACCACGACGAGACCCGUCGCAGCAAUGGCCCGUCGUUUCCUGCAAUCCAGAGAGAUUGUGUCUUGAAGGGACCAGCCACAGUGGGCGUCGAUUGCGAAGUUGUCUCACAUGCAAAAGUAGAGCCGCGCCCUAAUUUUGUCAUGUCGGGCGCAGAUGGGGAACGGGAAGGUGAUACUGACACUGAGGGCAGCGAGGCUCACAUUCGACGAGAAGAAAAGAACAAGAAGAACGCAGCGCAUGACCUUGAACGGGAAAGGGUUGAAGAACUUGAUGAUUCGUCAUCGCAUUUUUCUUCAGGGUCUGCAACAGGAUCAUCCAGCAGCAGCACUGGCAGUUCGUCCCCGAGGUCCGAGUUCGAAAUCCGGAUUAGCCCCCGUAAUAGAGAUCAUCAGAGAAAUGAUGCCACCCGCCUUGGCGCGAGUCCGGCCGAGAAAGCCACCUCGGACGAGGAGACAACACGACGAGGAAGCAGCUCUAGUAGUGCCCCGAAGGUCGCGGUGCGCAUGUGUGGACACGCCUACUGCCACGGGUGCGCACGGAAAAUGGACCAGAGACCAAGGCACCACACGGGACGUGCAGAUUGCCCCUCCGGAUGCCGAGGGGGACAUGCAGAGCAACUCCCGCCCGGCUGCACCCUGGAUGCGCCGAGCGGAGCAGAACUCGGCCCCCUCUGGCUGCCAAUGCCGCCUUUGUCGAUUGCCGACGUCGACGACUUACUGCGAAAAUUUCGCAUGACAGCUUCUGCAGAGGGGGAGGACGUGUUAAGGCCAGGGAAGAUGAAGGAAGUCUCAACAAAGUUUGGCGCCAAGAACGAGCCUAACCCCCAGGACGUCGAACGCGAAGACGAAAAGCGAAGAAUUUUGUGGCGCUAUAUGACGGAGCACGUUUGGCGCGAGCGCACUAAGUGGGCAGAGCAUGUACACCAAAAUGUGGUGCUCGCGAAAGAUCCGCACCAGAAUGAUGAUGUCUUUAGAAGAUCGAGCACAGCUACCAGACCUGGACAGACCGCUGACAGCUCUGGAGGUUCAGCGGACGAGGCUCGUCGUGGUACCAGCGUCGAAGGUCGAACUACCGCUUCAGCCUCCACCACACGUCGCAACAACACGCCUUCUAAUUCUUACGUAACGAUGCAAAAUUUCGUCCGGCAACGAGCGCUCGUCGACCUGGUCAACCAAUUCGGUCCGACAGGGGCCUGUGCCAUAGUUUUGGCGCAUGUCAUUCGUUAUCACUUUCAGCGUCAGUAUGACACUGCGAAAGAACUUCAGAUGCGGGCGACGGGGGAGCAGGAACGGGAUCGCAGGCGCGAGAGAGGACUGGGCUUAUUUCCGGACUCCGCACUGCAAUUAUUGGUGGAGGGAUAUAAUUCGUGUGCCGAGUUUUGGCACGCGAUCGGAUGUCGGGCAAGCAACGGGUGCUGGCAAAAUUUUCCGGGCGAAUCAUGCGGGUUUUGCUGUUAUCCCGAGCGACGAUCUUACGGCCUAGCCCGAAUGCUAUCCUCUACCUCCCCAGCCAACGCCAAGAGCGUGCCGAUGUUGCUCAGGUGCUCUUGUAAAGUUGGAGCUUUGAUGUCAGAUGUCCUUUUUGAUUUGGUGUGUAGGUGUUGGCAUACUUCCACCUCAAUGACUUCGGCUUUAGUUGUGUGACGCACGACGCCUCCCACGCACCGUCGCGGGUAGAAGUACAACUACAGCGAAUUGAUGAAUGACAGAUUUUUCUUGUAUGGGUGACUGAUGUAGUCGUGAAGACCAGCAACAGUCACUACCAGUACGUUCAGUUUUCAUGCGUGGGGGUGGAGGUGAGCGAUUGCAGAGGAUGAUGCUGGGCGCCUCUUUUCUAAACUGAAUACGGACCUGCCCUGCUGCGUUGCAGAAUAUACAUCACAUUGCCUGUGCGUGAACGCGCAACGAGUCGCAGACUAUGUCUGUGCGUGUCCACCAGCCCUAUCCAACACGUACGCACCGGUGAUGGCUGACGGCAUUGGAUGCUGCCUCGCUUUAUCCUGGUGCGGGCUAGCAGGGUGUGUUGGAUAUAAUUUUCUGGGUCCCGGCGAAGCCUUCUUGCACUUGCUUACAGCCGAGACCCACGCGUGUUGCCCUUUCGCGUGCGCUCCGUCCUGUUGCUGCUGCGUGUACCGGUGCGUCGUGGGAAAAAGCGCCUACACGGGCCCUGCGAAUCUGGUUGAAGACGAGGAACCAGGCCCGAUUUUGGAGAAUCUGAACCUAAAUCACGAGUCUGACCUAGUUGCGCGGUGCUGUAGAUUAUCUUGCUGUCAGGAGGCGACCCAGUUAGUUCCGGCAGUGUGGCAGCCCUACCGACGACUUUUAGAGCUAAGGGGCCACGGCGAACUAAGCCAGCGUCUUUUUCCGCCGCGCCGCCCCAAACCUACACCUGCCACACUCACGCAGCGGCUAGCGCGCGCAAAGGCGGACGCGCUUUACCUGCCGCAACUUCUGUUGCAUGAAAAGGAAGCAGGGGGUGGGGGACGAACGGGCACGCGUGGAAGCACCACCUCCAGCACCAGCAGGCGAGCUGUAUUAAAACUGAAGCAGGAAGCUGCGGAUGACCGACGUUCUUGUUGUGCUCAAAGCCGGGACGAGAGCGAUGGCCAAGGGCAAGGACCUCCUGGGAAACAAAGUCCCAAAUGCAAUGGCCACAGCCGGGAAAGUAGUUGUAGUAGGAAAACGCCUCAUGAUGAUCAUGAUUGCCGCAGAAGCAGCGAGGCGACGUCGACGCGUAUGAAAAUUUAUACGAGCGCAGAUGAAGCUGGCGGAGGCGGUGUCCUCGCGUUGUUCGCAAAUAGCAAUCAAGAUGCCCUAUCCGAUGUGCCACUCUUGUCAUCUAGGAAAGUGUUGACUGACAGCACUUGUACUGCCCACGACUGCAAAGAUGAAGAAGAUUCGAACGAAGGAAAUAAAGAUAGUGGAACUUGUGAGUUCGGCUUCACUGCCGAUGAAACCACACAAGGUGCCGGCCUCCGGUCGAGGCGGGAACGGGAGCGGGAUUGCGAACUUUUAGAAGUCGCUAACACACUACGGGACCUAUUGGAAGAUCCAAGCAACGACUUCUGUUUGCCUGGUAUCCGAAAGAAAAGUGAAAGUCCGAAGCAGCAGAUGAAUUUGCGUGUGCGAUUUUUGCCUUCAGCCUAUGCAUGGCUAUGUGUUUACGAAUGACGAUCAAGAUAUAUGAUUAUCGUCGUGUCCGUGUGUCUUCAUGCCGCCCUAGUGGAAGCAUUAGCAUUUGGAUCAGGAUGAGAAAAAAGACAAUGAAGUCGUCCAUCAUGGCGUUUUCUGUAUAUGGAAGAGGAACAUAAUGAUGAAAUAUCAAUGUACUAAAUCAAUGUGCGGGGGAGUGAGUUGCUGGUCGUAUCUGAAUCUGUGUCGGACUCUAUGAAAAGUUUUUUCUUCUCAUACUUGCAGCACCAGAGGACCGGGAUCGCGUGUUUGCGGAUGUGCAGCAAAAACAGCACGCAGUCGAAGCCUUUGUUCAGAAACGGACGAAGUGGGUAGCAGGAGCGUCGCCCGGAAAAUGCCCGAUGCGUGGCUGCACGCUUGUGACGAACCUGUUUCAAGAUCUCCAGCUUGCGCUUGUGUACCACAGAAAUCAGAACAAGGCUGAGGCGGAGGGGGCGCAGGUAGAUGUAGGGUUAGACGAUGGAGUUACAACUGAGAAGCAUGAAACAAGCACUCAGCGUGCAGCUGCUACUGUGGCUGGGAUCCGAAGAAGAGCGACGUCGUCACAUUGACCUUCGUUUUACAAUUGAAGUUGCAGCCGCUCUGUGACUAUGAUGAAUUGGAUAUGUUGAUAGUGAUGAAUACGUAAAAAAAGUAAACGACACCGACUCGUCGUCCGACGUAGACGUACAGGUGGCGCAGCAUCUGAUCGAAACCAUGUCCAAGAC